CGGUUGCCGUGGCAACGCUACAACGACACUCCGCAGACCAAUAGAAAAGCGAAACAAAAUGUUUCAAUGCUGCACUCACUGUGGAUUUAGGGGAGAUAUUAUGAGGCUGUUGUCAUUAGGGCGAUUGCUGUGGAAUCGCUGAAUCUUGACUCGGCGGUGGUUGGCUCUCGCUCGCUCUCUCCCCCUCUCCCUCUCUGUCUCGGGCUCGCUCUCUGCGCGCGCGCACCGGGCCGCUCUUCUUCCUCCCUCUCUAUGUGGCUGCGCGGGUGUGUGUGUGUGUGGAUGUGUUCGGGGUGUGGGUGUCCCUUACGCCCUUCCUCCUCCCCCUCCUCCUGCUCCCCCCUCCUUCCCUCCUCCGCCUCCCCCCUCUCCUCUCCCUCCUCCUCGUCCCCAUCGCCCCUCUCCUCCUCUUCCUCCCCUCUCUCUUCCUCUCCCUGAAUUUUCUCCUCUCCUCUCAGGUCAGUCCAUGGUAUUCCGCUCCCCCCUAGACCUCUAUUCCUCCCACUUCUUGUUGCCAAACUUCGCCGAUUCUCACCACCGCUCCCUACUUCUGGCGAGUAGCGGCGGCGGGAACGGCUCGGGAGGCGGCGGCGGCGGGAACGGUGUGGGAGGCGGCGGUGCUGGCGGAGCGGGAGGCGGCGGCGGCGGCGGCUCCAGGGCCCCCCCGGAAGAGUUGUCCAUGUUCCAGCUGCCCACCCUCAACUUCUCGCCGGAGCAGGUGGCCAGCGUCUGCGAGACGCUGGAGGAGACGGGCGACAUCGAGCGGCUGGGCCGCUUCCUCUGGUCGCUGCCCGUGGCCCCCGGGGCGUGCGAGGCCAUCAACAAGCACGAGUCGAUCCUGCGCGCGCGCGCCGUGGUCGCUUUCCACACGGGCAACUUCCGCGACCUCUACCACAUCCUGGAGAACCACAAGUUCACCAAGGAGUCUCACGGCAAGCUGCAGGCCAUGUGGCUCGAGGCGCACUACCAGGAGGCCGAGAAGCUGCGCGGCCGCCCGCUCGGCCCGGUGGACAAGUACCGCGUGCGCAAGAAGUUCCCGCUGCCGCGCACCAUCUGGGACGGCGAGCAGAAGACGCAUUGCUUCAAGGAGCGGACUCGGAGCCUGCUGCGGGAGUGGUACCUGCAGGACCCCUACCCCAACCCCAGCAAGAAACGCGAACUGGCGCAGGCCACCGGCCUCACUCCCACACAAGUAGGCAACUGGUUUAAGAACCGGAGGCAGCGCGACCGCGCCGCGGCGGCCAAGAACAGGCUCCAGCACCAGGCCAUUGGACCGAGCGGCAUGCGCUCGCUGGCCGAGCCCGGAUGCCCCACGCACGGCUCAGCAGAGUCGCCGUCCACAGCGGCCAGCCCCACCACCAGCGUGUCGAGCCUGACGGAGCGCGCGGACACCGGCACCUCCAUCCUCUCGGUAACCUCCAGCGACUCGGAAUGUGAUGUAUGAUACCCAAGGCCGCCCUCCUCCCCUCUCCCCGCUCCUUCCCUUCCUCCUCCUUGACCGCCUCCUCUUCCUCCACCCCCAGAACAAACCGAAAUCAGGAUACACAAUCAUACACACACCUAAAUACACACACACUUCCACUCCAGCCAAAAAUAUAUAAAAACCAAGAAAAAUAACAAGUUAAACGCAAACCAUCAACAACUCCCAACCACCAUCUACCACCACGGCCACCCCAAAGGACCGCGACAGCCAACAGACAGUCACAAGCGCUGAUUCGGCGGGCAGACAGCAUAAAAGAGGCGACAAUUGUAUACUUUCUAGGACAAGCACGGCUUCUCCUUUCGGUUCCCACGGACCCGGCACCCCACCUGCAUGACGAUUUAUUUGUAUCUGGGAAAAUACUCUCUCUAGUUAAAAACGAUUAAAAAAGAGUCGACUAUACAAAAACCGACCGCCACCACGACGACAAGACGACAAAAGCAAAACAGACAAAAAGAGAAGAAAAAAACCCGCCAUCUCCGUUCGGAAUUUGUUUAAAAAAAAAAAAAAAAAGAACUCCUCGAGAGGGAAAUAGCAAAUGUUUCUCGCCUUUUGUUGCGCUCUCUCUUUUUUCCUCUCUUGCUCUCUUUCUUUCUCUGUUUUUAAGUCCAAGUACUGGUCAAACAAAAUGCAAUCUUCUGUUUUUUGUUCAGCAGACAAUCAUUUUCUUGUUAAGCACCUUUUUCUCUCCACUCUGUCACUGCCUGUGUGGGUACUGGUUAUAAAUGUGGAAAAAGAAUAGUUAUGACUGUAACAGAUUUUUAUUUUUAUUUCAAAAUUUUAUAUGAAUUAUGUAUAUCUUAAUGAUUGGUCAUUUUCCCAGUUUGUAAUAUAUGUGUAGAAAUUGCCUGUAUAUGAUAUUGCUUUUUCUCCUCUCCCUUUCUCUUUCUUUCUCUCCCACCUUUUUCCUCCCUCCCCACUCACCUGUCUCUUUCCUUUUUGGGGUUCCCCUCCCACUCGAUGUUCCUGGCAUCGACUUGGCAGUCAAGGCGUGGCGGGCUGGGUGAGGAAGAGGGACCCUGUCGCUUGCAAAGCGGAGAGUGAGACUGUAGUAUUCUUAUGCAAAAGCUAUUUCAAGUAUUUCUUAGCUGCUUUGGAGGUAUCUCUCACUCCCCGUAGGGCGCUUUUACUGUUAUCUUAACUGCGUGUUUAUCUAUAUGUAAAAACUUUCUAAAGCAAAUACAGUAUUCUCCAUUUUCUUAUCA